CCCAUCCCAUUGAUCACCAGCACAGCUUCUUGGCCAUACAAUUUCUCUCUCUCUCUCUCUCCCCCACAUAGACACACACACACACAGGUCCCACAAAAAUGUAGAUGUUCUAUGCUUUGAACUCGUUUCCCCUCUCCCUCUCCCUUCUUUCAAUGGCUACCACAACGCACACUUUACCCUUUUCACUUCUCAAACUUAAACCACCCUCUCUCUCCCACCCCCGCGCGCUCUUUCCUAAUUCAACUGUCAAUGCUCUCCCAAAACGCCCCGUUUCGCACAACUCAGCGACACCCACCCGCUUCCUUCCCAAUCUCUCACGCACUCGCACUCACCAUGGAAACCGUAGAAGCAGACUCGUGUCAACAAAAUCAUCCGAAGCGGAAACCGGAAGCACUUCCACGACGCUGAGCCAAACCGUGUUUGGGGCAUUCCAUUUGGUUGUGUCUUUGGGGCUUAUUGUGGCAGCGGAUAAGUUUCUGAAGAAAGCGUUUGUAGAUGCUGCGAUUAAAUUCCCGAGCGCGUUGUUUGGGAUGUUCUGUAUAUUCUCGGUUUUGAUGAUUCUUGACUCCACCGUGCCAUCUGCGGCUACGGCGUUGAUGAGCUUCUUCGAGCCGGCUUUUAUGUUCAUACAGAGAUGGCUCCCUUUGUUCUAUGUUCCCUCUUUGGUUGUGUUGCCCCUUUCUGUUAAAGAUAUUCCCGCUGCUUCUGGCAUCAAAAUUGGCCUUAUUUUAGUUGGAGGAUGGCUGGCUACACUCUGUGUUGCUGGUUUCACAGCCAUAGCGGUAAGAAAAGCUGUGAAUACAGAAAUGGUAGAUGCUGAGCCUAUGGGAAAGCCAGCUCCAUUUUCUCCCAUUGAAGUGUGGACGUGGAGUGCUGUUCUCCUUAUAUCAUUUGUGGUUGCAUUAUAUUACCCAACAGCAUUGGGGACAAGUGCUAGAACAUGUCUUCCAUUUUUGCUUGCAGCCACAGUGUUAGGCUACAUGGUUGGCUCUGGGUUUCCGUCAAAUGUGAAGAAGGUCUUCCAUCCAAUAAUUUGCUGUGCAUUAUCAGCAGACCUGACGGCAUUAGCUUUUGGAUAUCUUUCCAAGUCAGGGCUUGAAUCUGUUCUAGGGUAUUACCUUACAAAGGCAUCGUCAAAUCCUGGAGCUGGUGACAUUUUAAUGGGAUUUUUGGGAUCUGUUAUUCUCUCAUUUUCCUUCUCUAUGUUUAAGCAAAGAAAGCUUGUGAAAAGACAUGCAGCUGAGAUUUUCACUUCUGUCAUCAUCUCAACAGUAUUCUCACUGUACUCAACUGCCCUUGUUGGACGGCUUGUUCAAUUAGAACCAUCUUUAACCGUGUCCAUUCUACCCAGAUGCAUCACAGUGGCAUUGGCCCUCAGCAUUGUGUCUUUGUUUGACGGUGCCAAUUCUUCUCUCACAGCAGCUGUGGUUGUAUUAACUGGUCUGGUUGGAGCAAAUUUUGUGCAAGCAACUCUUGAUAAACUAAGAUUUCGUGAUCCAAUUGCUCGAGGAAUAGCAACUGCUUCUAGUGCCCACGGGCUUGGAACAGCAGCUUUGUCUGCCAAGGAACCUGAGGCUCUCCCAUUUUGUGCCAUUGCUUAUGCGCUGAAUGGUAUAUUUGGAUCUAUACUUUGCUCGAUUCCAGCUGUCAGACAAAGCUUGCUUGCAAUUGUUGGAUGAAAUUGUCAUUAUUCUCACGACCUGCUGCUAUUUUUAUUUCGUUAGAUUGCCGUAGCUGCUUAUAUGAUGGCUGCACAAAUGUAUAGAGCAAUAUUAUGAACCGUAAAUAUUGUAGCCCCAUUUUGUCAAUUGUGUAUAGAAAGAAAUAAUCCAUUCAUUUAUGAUUUAUUCAUAUUCUAUGA